AUGGCGUCAAUUGAGGCGCCGCGCAAGCGGCCGCAGCUCCCGGCGCUGCGGCCGAUCCAACGCGUGAAGCUCCUGACUCUGGGCGAUGCAGGCGUCGGCAAGUCCUGUCUCAUCAAGCGCUACUGUGAACGGCGCUUUGUGUCCAAGUAUAUUCCCACGGUGGGCCUCGACUAUGGUGUCGCGCCCGUUCAGCGCACGGAUGCCGACCUUCGUGUGAGCCUCUAUGACCUGUCUGGGGACCGUGCUUAUGAGCAAGUUCGCUGCGAGUUCUACGAUGCUCCCCAAGGCGUUUUGUUGCUCUUUGAUGUCACCAAGCGAGCCACCUUUGAUUCGCUGGUGCACGAGUGGCUGACUGAGCUCCGGCACAACGCCCCUUCCUCGGAGUUGGCACAGGCCGUCGUUGCCAUUGUCGGGCAUCAGAAUGACCGAGAGCAGGCCCGCCAAGUCCCGGCCGGUGAGGCCCAGAUGUGGGCCGAACAGCAAGGCUACCGGUAUUUUGAAACAAGCGCGGCCUCGGGCCAGGGUGUCCAAGAGCUCUUUUCCUGGCUCAUCGAGGCCGUCUAUCAACAAGUCUACCACGGUCGCACAGAGCAGGUCACAGCCACAUUUAGUGCUGAAGACCUGCAGCAAGUAGACACUGUCCUACGUGCCCCCAAAAACGACGACUAUGCGGUCUUACAGCUCCUGCCCGACGCGCAACGAGCCGAGGUCAUGCGUGCGUACAAAACCCUCGCGGCCAUGGUACACCCGGACAAAAAUCGCGCCCCCGGCAGUGAAGAGGCUUUCAAGCGCAUUGCCUCGGCCCGCUCCCGGUUGCUGGCCAAGGAUUCAACCUCAGGCAUGCCCUUGGCAUAA